UCAAGGCAGGACUGGCAGCCACCCCUGCUCCUUCAUCAGUGCAACAGUCCCUGGAGGGUCAGUGCUGGAUGGGACCAAAUCCUCCCGAGCCGCUCGCUGCUCCUUGCCGGCCGGCUGGAAAAGCACCCGGAGAGUCCAGGAGGGUUGGAUGAAUCCCCAGCACUAACCGGCCGGUUUGUCUCUCUGGAGGAAGUUAAUGGUUUAAAGUGAGGGGCACCUGGACCUGCCCCCCCCACACCCCUACCCCUCAAGUCACCAUGACGCUCCUGGGGUCUGAGCACUCCUUGCUGAUCCGGAGCAAGUUCAGAUCAGUUUUACAGCUUCGGCUCCAGCAGAGAAGGACCCGUGAGCAGCUGGCAGACCAAGGCAUCAUGCCCCCACUGAAAAGCCAACCCACAUUCCAUGAACAAAGAAAAAGCCUGGAGCGAACCAAGACUGAAGAUUAUCUCAAGCACAAGAUCAGAAGCAGGCCUGAGCGAUCAGACCUGGUCAAUAUGCACAUUUUACAAGACUCAGCUGCAGAGGGAUCCAUUCAGUCUACCCAGAUGAAGCUGAAAAGAGCCCGACUGGCAGAUGAUCUCAAUGAAAAGAUUGCUCUCAGGCCAGGUCCUUUGGAGCUGGUGGAGAAGAAUAUUAUUCCUGUGGACUCAGCUGUGAAAGAGGCCAUAAAAGGCACCCAGGUCACCUUCCCGAAGCCCGCCGAUGCCUUUGCCUUCGAGGAGGACAGCAGCAACGACGGGCUGUCCCCGGAGCAGGCCAGGAGCGAGGACUCCCCGGGCUCCACCGAGUCGGCAGCGGCCACCAAGGUCCCCGAGCCAGCCCCCGCUGCCCCCGCGGGGCUGCCCCAGGACCAUCCCCACGGUGCUGAUGGCCACGCAGCAGAGCCAGCCUCGGGACAGGGCAGCAGGUGUGACAGCCCCAAGCAGGCAGCAGGGCAGGAGAGCCCACCCCUCCCAGUGCCCUCUGCUGUGAAGUCCAAAUCAUCCAGCGACAGCAAGAACCGUCACAAAAAGCCGAAGGACACCAAGCCCAAGGUGAAGAAGCUGAAGUACCACCAGUACAUCCCCCCAGAUCAGAAGGCCGAGAAGUCCCCUCCUCCCAUGGACUCAGCAUAUGCCAGACUUCUCCAGCAGCAGCAGCUCUUCCUACAGCUCCAGAUCCUCAGCCAGCAGCAGCAGCAGCAGCAACAGCAGCAGCAGCAGCACUUCAGCUACCCAGGGAUGCACCAAGGCCAGCUGAAGCAAUCAAAUGAGCAAAUGGUCAAAAGUUCAAAUUCUUCAUCAACUUCUGUCAGCAACACCCCUCUCUCUCCUGUGAAAACCACCUUUUCAGGCCAGACUUGUGUCUCAUCUAUCAAGCCAGGCCCUCUGCCAUCUAACCUGGAUGAUCUGAAGGUGUCAGAACUGAGGCAGCAGCUCCGGAUACGAGGCCUGCCCGUGUCAGGCACCAAGACGGCGCUGAUGGAGCGGCUGCGGCCCUUCCAGGAGUGCGGCAGCAGCGCGGUGCCCAACUUCAGUGAGAUCACCACUGUCACCUUCCCCGUCACUCCGACAAGCACCCUGCCGAGCUACCAGCCACAGUCCUCCACCAGCAUGUUAUCAAAUGGCUUCUACCACUUCGGCAGCACCAGCUCUACCCCACCCAUCUCUCCAGCCUCCUCCGACCUCUCUGUGAGCGGCUCUUUGCCGGACACGUUCAACGAUGGACCCAUGUCUUCUCCACAGUUUGGUCUCCAGCCGUCUCCGGUUCAUGGCAGUGCUGAAGAAAGCCUCAUGAGCAGCAUGAAUGGAGGGAGUAUCCAGCUUGAGCUGGAAGGGAUUGACACAGAGAAAGACAAGAUGCUGGUGGAGAAGCAGAAGGUCAUCAAUGAAUUGACAUGGAAGCUGCAACAAGAGCAGAGGCAGGUGGAGGAGCUACGGAUGCAGCUCCAGAAGCGGAAGAGAAGCAACGGCCUCGAGGAGAAGCAGCAGCCACCUCAGCAUUUCUUUGGGGUUCCCAUCAAGCAAGAAAACGCAGUGUCCAGCUGCCCGUUUGCAUCCAAACAAACUGCCUCCAAGGGCCAGUGCAGCAGCUCGGAGAAGCUGAGUAACUGUGGGGUGCCGCAGCUGCCGCACGUUGUAAAUAGCCACUGCUUGGAGCCUGCAGGGCAGGGCACCGUCACCUCCUCCACAUUCCUGAGCCCGCAGUGCUCCCCCCAGCACUCUCCACUCGGGGCUGCCAAGAGCCCCCAGCACAUCAGCCUGCCACCGUCCCCCAACAGCCACUACCUGCUCCCGGUGUCCCCCGGCGCGCCGGCCGAAGGGCGCAGCGGGUCCCCGCAGAGCAGCAGCUGCCUGCGCACCUCGCUGGCAGGCACUGGAGCUUCAGAUGAGGCAGGUCAAAAGUUUUCUAUUCCACCCCCAAGUUUUUAUAAGUCAAGCCCAGCCCUCUCAGAGGUAAAGCAGCCUCCACCCUAUGAGGAUGCAGUAAAGCAGCAGAUGACACGAAGUCAGCAGAUGGACGAGCUCCUGGACGUGCUGAUUGAGAGUGGAGAAAUGCCAGCCAAUGCCAAGGAGGAUCGGUCCUGCCUCCAGAAAGUACCUCAGAUAACUGUGUCGACGGGGAACUCCAGCGCUGCUCACCCAAAGCCACCCAGCACCUUCGAGCAGGUCUCCUCAGCCCAGCUCUCCUUCGAGCACUGUCCAGGCAGCAGUGAUGCUCACCUCGAGGUGCUGCUGAACAACCACAGCCCCCUGGGCAGGGUCAGUGAAAUUGCCCUGCUGAAGAUGGGGGGAGAAGAGUCCCACUUUGAAGGGAUGAUGGAGGGGUUCUCCGGCAAAGCCGCGGAUGAACUGCUCACCUCCCAGGAGAUUUUACAGACUCCCCUCUCACCCAUGGAAACCCAGCUCUCCCCUUCCCCUGCUGAGGGCUCGGGUUUACAAAUGAGCUUCACUGAGUCUCCGUGGGAAACGAUGGAGUGGCUGGACCUCACCCCCCCCAGCUCUGCCACUGGCUUUGGCUCGCUCACCCCCACGGGGCCCAGCAUCUUCAACAUUGAUUUCCUAGAUGUUACUGAUCUCAAUCUAAACACCAGCAUGGACCUGCACCUGCAGCAGUGGUGAAAGGGCAGGUGCUGGAGGCAGGGCACUGUGAGCCUGCAGCAGCCAGGGCGGUGUUUCUGUCACGCUGGGGGACACAAAGGGCUAACGUGCCACUUCCAGGGGAAACUGGAGUCAUUUUCCCAGCGUAUAAACUUGUUUGGAUUUGGCAGUUACUGGGAACUGACAGCACAACAGCUCUGGUACUUUAGUUUUCCUCCAUCAACACGUUCCCACAGAGGACACCAGUGCCUUUAACAACACUUUUUUUUAGAUUGACAAGAACUUCAGUUUUGUUUCUCUUAUCUUCCCCCCCCCCCCCCUCCUCCCCCAGUCACUCUCAUGGAGCAGCUCAUGACAAAACUGUGUGGUGAGGAGACCUCACCUGGGUGGAAUUGGGGAAUCCUGGAGAGGAGAGCCCAUUGCUGGCCCCUCCUCUACCCACCUCCUGCCUAUCCAGCUCUUUAGACAAUCCUGCUGGGCUCCUCUUGGCCAUGCCUGAGCCAGGGCUUUAGGAAUGGGGAGGCUCUGCCCAGCCAGGGCCACAGGCACACUUCUCCAUACAUCCAAGCUCGCCUCGUGUCCCUUUUCCUGCCCCCAAAGUGGCUUUGCCCAGUCCCUGCACAGCUCUGUUCUGGGUGGAUGAGAGAUGGAGACUGUCAUUUUCAUGGUGGCACCUUGUCAUAUCCUCACGGUGCCUGGGGGGCCCAGGAGCCAUCCCAGUUGCAGUCUGAACUGAGUCAGGCUGAAGCAUGUGGCCUUGGAGGCUUCUCUGGAUGUUGGAGGCAGCUGUUCAGGCUGUAGGUUCAGGUGUCAGCGGGACGUGGCCUCCCCGUGGAGCUGCCAUGGCCCCGCUGGUCUGGUACAGGUGGAGAGAUGUGUUACGUGUUUUGGUCCAAGGUAGGAGCAAGUUGUAUAGAAAACAGAGGCAGGCUUUGGAGGGGCUGUCCUUUGCACAGCCGCAGGGCAGGAUGGAUCUCCAGCACCUUGCAUGGCCGGGGAGCAGGGGGAGCCAGAGACGGGCACUCGGUGACCUGCGCGUGGGGCAGGGAUGAGCGGGGCCCGAUGAGCGGUUUUGUGUGAGCAUCUGCUUUUGUUCCCUCCACUUCCCUGCCAUCCAUCCCCCCGUCCUUCUCCCCAGUCCUCCUCGAUCCCCAGCAGUCAUCCCCUUCUCCCCAACUCGGCUCCAGCAUCACUGUUCACGCAGCCCAGGGCAGGGCCACCUGGAGAACAGCUGUGAAUCACUGAGCCCGGAGGAGCCAGUUCUCCUGGAGCCAGCAGAGGUGGAUGCUCUCCUGCAGUGCUGCCUCCCGCCUGAAGUCACCAGCAUUUCUCCUGUCAGUCUCUGUGCAAUAUCCUUCCUCAGGCACCAGCAAACGAAACAAAACAAGGAGCCUUCCCUUCACUUCUUGGCUUCCACCAAAACCACCAAACCCGCUGCAGACUGUUUGACGGACACUUCUUUGCAAUCCUGGUUCUGCCAAAGUAAAUAUUGUCGCUGACAAAGGUUGUUAAACUAUUUACAGACUGAGCGUAUUUAAUAUUUGUGUUACUGGAAGGAGAGCACAGGGAGACCAGCAGCUGGGAGGAGGCCCAGCAGGAGGGGCUGGUGGGCAGCCCGGCUCCCAGGGAUGCUGGAGCAGUCGGAGGAGCCUCUGCAGCCCCUGCUGUGUCUCCAGUCGGUGCCGUUUCUUUGCAUGCUGUAUAAAGCACGUGGCAGUAGCUUUCAACUCACUAUUUAAAGCACCACUUUCCUAUUGUACAAACGGUCACAGUGCACUGCUAGGAUAGACCAGCACAGGUUGCAUUUUUUGGUUGUUUGUUUUUUUUUUAAAGCAUUUCUUUUUCUAAAGAGAGAGAGGUUGUUUUUUUUUUUAAGCCGGUCUAUGGGGAAUUAUUCAUAGCACUUGAAGGGGAGCAUUGUUAGCUGCUACACUGCCUCAUUGUACAGGCCUUUCCAGAUCAUUUUUCUCCUCUCAGCAAAUGUACUUCCUGAUUGAAGGGAUGCUGUCAGCUUCAAACCUGUAAGCAAGCACAUUUCCUUACCUAUGUUACCAGCAACACCUUCAUUAUUAAAAACCCCUUUGUCUUGCCA